UUAACUUGAAUACCCUCCAAUUAGGAGAUGAUUAUUGCGAGUCAAAGCUACUAUUCAUUAUUUCUAUUUAUUUUGAAACAAGGUCUCUGUAGCUGUCUGUCUUGGAACAAAUUCUGUAGACCACAAUGGUCUAUGAACUUUGAGAUCCCCUGCUUCUGCUGGCAGUCAAGGCGUGUGCCACGACGCCCGGCCAUUUUGUUUAAAAACUAAAGAAAUUGAUGUGAGGCUUUACUAGUUGAGGGGCUGCAGUUUGCCAUACCAGGAUAUGAGUUCAUUUUCUUCCCCUAGGCUGCGGGAGGGAAUCAUAACAUUUGGAGGUCGAUACGUUGAAUUUUGACAUCCCUGGUAGAAAGAGUUAAGAUCUUUUUGGCGUGGCCUAUGUCAAAUCCACAUACUCUCCUGCCAGACACCUGUCCUCGGAGACUCAGCAGCCAUCAGCGUACGGCCGUCCAAAGUGACGCAGUCAGAAGGGCCGAGAGGAUCCGGUACCUUCCUUGCUUUUUCUUCUGCUCCCCUAAGGUGUCACUGGACGUUUCACUCGAAGGGCAGUCGGUAGACUGCGCUGUGGGGCGGAGUGCGCGGAGGAGCUUCUCGCCCGAGAAGGUGCGGGCGAAGGCGCCAGAGGCUGUUAGUGACCAGGCUCGCCAAGGACAGGAAAAUGGCGGCCUUGGGGUCCCCGGCGCGCACUCUGCGAGGCCUUCUGCGGGAGCUGCGCUACCUGAACUCGGCCACCGGGCGACCAUAUCGUGACACAGCAGCUUACCGGUACCUGGUUAAGGCUUUCCAAGCACAUCGGGUCACCAGUGAGAAGUUGUGCCGAGCCCAACAUGAACUUCACUUCCAAGCUGCCACCUAUCUCUGCCUCUUGCGUAGCAUCCGGCAACAUGUAGCCCUUCAUCAGGAAUUUCAUGGCAAGGGUGAGCGCUCAGUGGAGGAGUCCGCAGGUUUGGUGGGCCUCCAGUUGCCCCGUCAGCCUGGAGGGAAGGGCUGGGAGCCAUGAUGCAGAGUCCUCAGAAGUUUCUUCAAGAAUGUAACCAUUUCUACUGAUAUGUAUUUAUCAUUAAAUGUUUUUUAAAGUAUA